AUGAAAUUUUUUUAUAUUAAUAUAUUUCUGUUAUUUGUUUCCUUGAGACAUUUUAUAUCAUUAUAUAAGGAUUAUGAUAAAAAA